GCCGACAUUUGCAUGUGGAGGAGUUGUAUCUGGAGAGUCAGGGUUUAUUGGAAGUGAAGGAUUUCCUGGAGUCUACCCUCCAAACAGCAAAUGUACUUGGAAAAUAACAGUUCCAGAAGGAAAAGUGGUGGUUCUUUCUUUCAGAUAUUUAGACCUGGAAAGUGACAACUUGUGCCGCUACGACUUUGUGGAUAUAUACAAUGGCCAUGCCAAUGGACAACGCAUCGGCAGGUUCUGUGGCACUGUGAAACCAGGGGCCCUCGUAUCCAACAGCAACAAAAUGUUGGUGCAGAUGACUUCAGAUGCUAAUACUGCUGGAAGUGGAUUCAUUGCAAAGUUUUCUGCAGCAGAACCGUAUGAAAGAGGAGAUCAGUACUGUGGGGGACGACUGGUGAAGCCCUCAGGAUCCUUCCAAACGCCCAACUGGCCAGAGCGAGACUACCCCGUGGGAGUCACCUGCUCCUGGCACAUCAUUGCCCCAAAGAACCAGCUAAUAGAGUUAAAGUUUGAGAAAUUUGAUGUGGAGAGAGACAACUACUGCAGAUAUGACUAUGUCGCAGUGUUUAAUGGUGGAGAAAUCAAUGAUGCUAAAAGAAUUGGGAAAUAUUGUGGAGACAGUCCACCAGCGCCUAUUCUGUCUGAGAGAAAUGAGUUGUUUAUUCAGUUUUUGUCUGAUUUAAGCUUAACAGCUGAUGGUUUUAUUGGCCAUUAUAAAUUUAGACCAUAUAAGUUACCCACAACUACAGUUUUACCUAUUACCACAGCAGUGCCUACUACCUCACCUGUGAAACCCACAGCUGCCCUGUGCCAGCAGAAGUGUAAGAGGAGUGGGACUCUGCAAAGUAAUUAUUGUUCAAGCAACUUUGUAAUAACUGGGACUGUAAUCACAGCAGUAACACGGGCUGGCAGUUUGCAUGCAACAGUAUCAAUCAUUUUUGUAUAUAAGGAAGGUAAUUUAGCAAUUCAACAAGCUGGCAAGAGUAUGAGUGCCAAGAUUAUUGUUGUAUGUAAGCAGUGUCCUCUCAUCAGAAGAGGUUUAAACUACAUCAUCAUGGGCCAGGUAGAAGAAGAUGGUAGAGGCAAAGUCCUUCCUAACAGCUUUGUCAUGAGUUUUAAGACUAAGAACUCCAAGAUCCUAAAUGCCUUGAAAAACAAAACAUGCUAA